AUGGCGCCGGCGAGCGAGCGGCCGCCGCCGCGGGACGACGGGGGUCCCGCGGCCGCCUCCGGCUCUCCGAUGGAAGCGCGGCGGGAGAACGGCGGAGAGCGGUGCGCGGGAGACGAGAGCGCGGCCGUACCGCGGGUGGCGGCCGGGGGCGACGCGGCCGAGCCCCCCGAGGGCGGCUGGGGCUGGGUGGUGAUGCUGGCCGCCAUGUGGUGCAACGGCGCCGUCUUCGGCAUCCAGAACUCGUGCGGGGUCCUCUUCGUCUCCAUGCUGCAGCUCUUCGGCGGCGGGCAGGACAAGCAGAUGGCCUUUAAAACAGCAUGGGUGAGCUCACUGUCUAUGGGAAUGGUCUUCUUCUGUUCUCCAAUAGUCAGCAUAUUCACAGACCUGUUUGGUUGCCGAAAAGUUGCUGUUACUGGAGCUGCAUUAGGUUUUGUUGGACUCCUGUCAAGUUCUUUUGUAAGCACCAUUGAACCUCUGUACUUCACCUAUGGAAUAUUAUUUGCCUGUGGCUGCUCAUUUGCUUACCAGCCAUCUUUGGUCAUUCUUGGGCACUAUUUCAAGAAACGCCUUGGACUAGUAAAUGGCAUCGUGACUGCAGGAAGCAGCUUGUUCACUGUGUCUCUGCCCUUCCUCUUGAGAGUUCUGAUUGAUUCUGUUGGCCUGUUCAACACAUUACGGGUCCUGUGCAUCCUCAUGUUUAUUCUGUUUCUGGCUGGCUUUACGUACAAACCUCUUGUUUCCAACACCAAAGACGAAGGAGAAAAGAAGGGCAAGUUCAGAUUUCCUCCUGAAAAAAAGGUUUUCAAUUUCUCCGUUUUCAAAGUCAUGAGUUAUCGAAUCUGGGCUUUGGGGAUUCCUGCUGCACUUUUUGGAUACUUUGUGCCUUAUGUUCACUUGAUGAAACAUGUGGAAGACAGAUUUGGUGACAGUGUGCAAGAAGAAGUGCUUCUGCUGUGCCUGGGCGUUACUUCAGGAAUUGGCCGAUUGAUCUUUGGCAGAGUUGCGGAUUAUAUUCCUGGUGCAAAAAAAGUUUAUUUACAGGUGGCAUCAUUCUUCUUUAUUGGCUUGAUGUCGAUGAUGAUUCCGGUGUGCCACGUCUUCGGAGGUCUCAUUGCUGUCUGUCUCUUCAUGGGCCUGUUUGAUGGGUGUUUCAUUUGCAUUAUGGCUCCUAUUGCCUUUGAGCUUGUUGGGGCUCAGGAUGUCUCCCAGGCCAUAGGAUUUCUCCUUGGACUCAUGUCAAUACCUAUGACAGUUGGUCCACCCAUUGCAGGUUUGCUUCGUGAUCGCCUCGGUACCUACGAUGUGGCAUUCUACCUGGCGGGAGUCCCCCCACUUAUCGGCGGAGCGAUAUUGUGCAUCAUCCCCUGGGUCCAUGAACGACAUAAGUUGAAAGAAAGGGCAAAACCCGUUGAUGGAGAAACUACUGAGAAAAUGCUGGAAAAUGAAAGCACUUUGGUGUCAGAUGCUACGGAAAAGCCAGUCAAAGAAAUGGAAUCAGGUGUUUGAUGCUUUCUUUUCCUAUACAAGAUGGACUUUCUUCUACCAAAGCUACAUUUCUGCUUUUUGGCUGAAGAUACUACAUGAUACUAAAGAUGUUCUGAACUGCUGAAAUUGCAAAACUACUCUUUUAUACCUGAACUUCUUUUGAGGAGUCAUUGAGUUUGAUUUCAAGCCACAUUUUCAGAGUAUUUGAAGUUUUGCAGCAUUAGUGUGUACAUGCGUAGUGAUUCUGUGUGUGAAGAGAAUAUUUUUCUAAUUCAUCAGAAUGUAUUUCUUGGAAGUAUGGAAGCUGUGUUUGGUUCACUGACCCAGGACUCUUCAAUAACUUGUGUGCUCCACUCAAUGCAGGCACACCCAGGGGUGUUUUAUACUGGAACAUUUAGUAGCUCUUAAAACUGAUUUCAUUUUUGAAGUUUCUUGUGCUGUUUUACAGUCUUUCAGAAUUCUGUAUCAUGAUUCUAUUUAGUGGGGAAAUACUGGUGGUAGGUGGAUGGUUGGACAGGAUGAUCUUGAGGUCUUUUCCAAACUUAGUGAUUCUAUGAUUCUAUGAAUGUGAAUAUGCAUAUUUUAGAUUCCUUUCGCUCUCGCUGAAAUCAUUUAGCAUUACAAAGUUAAAUUAUUAAACAUCUGUUUUGUUUUCUCUAAAACCCCCAGAUGGCUCAGUUUAAUCAUUCACUUUUUGCAUUGAUUCACCUUUUCACAGUAGCCUGAACAAAGAGAUGACAUUUUGGAUGGAACCAGGCUUUGGAUAUGCACAAACUGAGCUUAGAAUGCAAACACAUUUGGAAGUACAGCUGCUGAAUUACAGAUUCUUGAUACUUUUUGGUAACACAAUGCUAUUGAUGUGUAUAUUAUGUUUUCACCUAAGCGUCACAAUUCCUGAUGGUGGUUUUGAGAUUGUACUGACAGCAAUACUUCAGAGCAGGAUUGUGAAUUAGCCUAAAUUUCAAAUUAUCCUGUUGUUCCCUUCAGGUUUUUGUUUUUUUCCCCUUAAAACUGAGACAGCUUUAAAGAUACAUCCUAAGUGCAAUAAUAUGAAAUCGUUCUUGACACGUGGAAGGGGAGCUAUUAAAACAACGCUCAACAAGAUAUUUGCACUAAGUGAACAUGCAGCUUUAUUUUAGGUCUUCACAGCUCUGUAUUCAGACAUAAAGAAAUGUCUUUGCACAUCCUAUUGGUUGCUUAUCAUACUAUAGUAUGUCCCGAUUGCUUAUGUGUUCUUAGGUGUUAUGUACUGUUUGUCAGGCGUGUAUUUCUGGAUAUCUCCUCUGAAAAAUAUUUGAAAACAUGAUACUUUCAGAUGAAAACAAGACAGUUUAUCUUAAAAACACUUCCAAGCGUGUUGCUUAUCAGUGGGUGUGGAUGAACAGUGCAGUGGGAAUGCCUGAAUAUUCUUUACGUCGUGUGCAUUGAGCAUUUCUGUAGUCUUCAGGAGUGUCAUAGCAGAGAGUAAACUGAAUGUGAUCUAAAGACAAAGCGCCCCCUGAAAUGCACUUUUAAUAAGUGGCAGUGCCUGCUCUUUACGUGAACCACAGAGGGAUACUGUUUUAAAAUUGUAUCACUUGAUGUCUCCUCUAUUUCUGUUGUUUUUCCGUUUUUCAGCAUUGCAGUAAACUGCCAAGAAAGCUCACGAA